UGCGUUCGAGGUUCGAUUUCGAUGCUGGGAAUAAAACAGCAGGAGCGCCAUCAGAAAACCUUAAAAACUCCAGCAACAGUUUCAGAUUCCGAAUCAGUUUACGAUUCCGCGACGCGACGUGUGAAUACAUAAAAUAAAUUACCCAAAAAAGAAACACAAAUAAGCCACAAAAAGGGGCAGAUUCUCAAACAGAAAGGAGCAGUUACACGCGAAAUAUCUCGAUCGUCAUAAAUCAAUCCGUCGAGUGCGUUUCAGAUCCACCGAAAUUAGAGGCAAUUACCACUGAUAAGAAUGAUGAAAGCCACAGCGUGGUUUUGUCCGGUGUUAUUAACUUUACUGUGUGCCACAAGGCUUGUCUGCACGGCCCAAAGAGGAGGAGCCGGAGGAGGCGGAGUUGGAGCAGCAGGAUCGGGACCUGAGGUCGGCGGAAGCGGCCGCACAAACGGAUAUCCUCUGGACUACCCAGAUGCACGGAACACACAGGAUGACUUUCUAGUGGCCAAGAGGAACAAACCAUCGCUGUCCAUUGUCAAUCCCCUGGAUGUGCUGCGUCAGCGACUGCUACUGGAAAUCGCACGCAGGCAAAUGAAGGAGAACUCCCGCCAGGUCGAGCUAAACCGCGCCAUCCUAAAGAAUGUGGGCAAGCGAGUCCUGUUGCGCGGCGGAGCUGGAGGAGGUGGUCCGAAGGUGAGCAGGCGUUAUCGCCAGCAGUGGCCAGUCGAGCGGGAACUGGAACGAGAGACGAUUCCCGAGGAGCAGCUGGACCGUCAACAGCUGCUGCCAUGGAAGCAUUUCCCCAACCAACUGUGGAGCUACGGAUGGGCCCAGUCCCCGUACAAGGAAUCGUCACAGUUUGUGGACUCCCAGCAAUCAACAUCAAGUCGACCACAAUCCCAGGCACUCCCAGGUCAGAAGGCAGCCUCAGCCGCAGCCGCAGCUGCUCAACAGUUGCUCAGCUAUGCGAAGAAAUCUCUGGACGUGGCCGGAAUGGUGGGUCUAACCAGGCAUCGGGUCAACGGAAAUGAAGCUAACGAAACAAAUCAUGAACACGAGAUUCAGAUUCAGAAUGAGAAUGAAAAUGAAAAUGAGAAUGACGAUGGCAAUGGGGGCAGUAAAAACUCGGCGAGAUAUGUGGAUGACGAUGAGGAAAACUACAAUGACGUGGGACCAGAGGGAGUGGGUGUGGGUGUGGGAAUGGGUUUAGGAUUGGGCUUGGAGAGAUACGAUGUGUUCGAGGACAAACCCAACUGGGCCAACGACGAACCCAACGAGGUGGUGGCCAAUGCAAAUGACCGGCUGCCCUGGUCGUUUCCCUAUCGCUUUCACAAAAGUCAGCAUAAUGUUAAUUAAGUAAGUGAAGAUUGAGAGAUGCAAAUACAGAUACGGAUAUACUCGUAUACAGAUAUAUAGAUACAGAUACCGAUACAAUUAUAAUACCGAUAUAGGGAUAUACGGAUACGAUAGGGACAGAACAGGACAGAACAGAACAGGACAGGACAGGACAGGGCACCCUACGACUUGGUGCUGCUGGACGGUUAUUAAUGCAAAUCGACGGUUCCUAAUGGCUGGCCACAAGGCAGGCAUGUUGUGUGUGCACAUACUCCCUUGAUGACAAAACUUACUCCCCUCAGCCCCCUCGUCCCCCUCCCCACACGUUGCUAGAUGUAUUCGCAUUUGAAAUCUAUAUUUUAUCGACAAAUAACCAACGGUGUAUGUAACGAUUUAUGCUACCUCUCUCACAGAUACUGUUGAAAACUAAAGCCCCCGAUUAAUGUCAAACAUGCUAACUAAAUGUACUUAACAAGAUCGUGAAACACUUUUGCUAAUACACUCGUACAGCGACGAACAAGUCUAAGGAUUAUAAACGUAAAUAGUGAUCUUUGUGUGUAAUUUGAAAUAAUUAUUUUAACGAUUAAAGUUAAUUAAUCAAACGCAUGCAAUAUUGACCAGUCGAAUGUUUUUUCUUUAGCCAUGUCUCUCUCUCUCUCCCUCUCUCUUUCUUAUUUACCAACUAUAAUAAUAUUACCAUUUAAAAAAGAAAAAAAAGAAGAAUAAUUAAUUGUGGUUUACAUUCUCCGCGGGCGGAAAUUGGUUUUUACGUUAGCUCCGUUGUGCUUUAACUUGUGUAAAAAAAUGCUCAAAUAGAAUUAACAUAGCGCAGAGACAACUUUCGUUGCAUUUGGUCACUAUUCGGUUUGCAUUGUUAAAAGGUUCAAGUUUUAAGAUAUUAAGAGACACUAAAUGGUUACAAAUCAUAACGAAUAACGAUUAACGAUUAACGAAUAACGAUUUUAAACUAGAUCUGACCCACUUAACCAAAAGCAAGUACUACGCCACGAGUUGUGUAAAUUGACAAGGAAUUUACAUUUACCGAGCAAAUUAACCAUUUAAAAGUUACUUUCUGUACAUUAAUAAAUUUAAUACGAAUUCAUUUCCCUACGUGUAUGUAAAUAAAAACUACUUUUUACAAAAAUCCAAGCUAAUGAAAAAUUCCAAAAAAAAAAAAAAAAAAAAGCGAUUAUAUAUUAUACAAAAUUAUAUGUAUGUACGGAUAUACUUAUUAAAAAAAAUGAAAGGAAAAUAAAAUCAUGAGGCAUUGACAUGACAUUCAAUUAUAA